AUGAGGGAAAAUAGGAGGCCAAAAAGCAUAUAAUAAACCCAUCAUCUAUCAGAAAAAAAUAAAGAAAGAGAGAGAAAUAUUUAAGUAAAAAAAGAAAAGAAAAGAAACUUCGUUUACCUUUCUGCCUUAUACACUCUGUGUGUGUGUGUGUGUGUUUAGCCAUGAAAAACACCAUCAGAUGCUGCAUAUCUUGCAUACUUCCAUGUGGAGCUCUCGAUGUAAUUCGAAUAGUACAUACUAAUGGCCAUGUUGAAGAGAUCAGUGGCACCAUAAAGGCAGAAGAAAUAAUGAAAUUACAUCCAAACCAUGUUUUAAAGAAGCCCUCGUCACCGUCUGAUGAAGGGAUGUAUGCAAAUAUUGUUGUGGUUCCUCCUGAUGCAAUACUUCAACGUGGGAAGAUUUAUUUCCUCAUGCCUCUGCCUUCUCGAUCCCAUAAAACUCCAGCAAGAUCGUCUACAAGGAGAAAAAAGAAAGAAUCUGAAAGCGAAGAUAUUCCAAAAAAUAGGGAUCUUUCUAUGAAAAACCUACUGGUUUCUGAUCAGUAUUUAAGUGAGAUUUUGUCAGAAAAGCUUUCAACACAGAGAGAUCGAAGGAGAGGGCGUGUUGGCGUGUGGAGACCUCACUUGGAGAGCAUUUCAGAGACAACAAACGAUGCUUAAUGCCGAGUAAUCUUUUUCUUUUUUAUUUUUUUUCUCAAGAUUAUCAAUUAGGGUUUUUAGAACUCGUAAUAAGCCCUCUCCUUUUUCUUGGUUCAAUUUUCUUUUGUGGUUGUAUAUAUUAUUCAUAAGUAAUAAACCAAGUUCUAACA